GCGCGUCUUCUCUUCCGUGGUCAGAGGGAAGGAAGAUGGAGAAGCUGUGCUCGCUGCUGGUGGUUGCGCUCCUGGCUGUCUGGAGCCGGCCUGGGGCCUCUGACACCCCGGCCAACUGCUCCUUCCCAGACCUGGAAGGCACCUGGGAGUUCCAAGUGAGCCCUAGUAAAGGAGGGCGCCACUGCCGGGAGAUUGACUGCUCCCAGCUGGGACCAGUGGAAAAGACUGUAAAGUUCACCAUCAAACAGCUUGACGUUGCCGAGGAUGGCUGGGGAAACGUUGGCUAUGCUACCAUCAUCUACAAUCAAGGCUUUGAAAUCGUAGUGAAUGGUUACAAGUGGUUUGCCUUCUUCAAGUAUGAGGAACAUGAAGGAAACGUCACCAGUUACUGUCAUGAGACCUUCCCUGGCUGGGUGCAUGAUGUGUUGGGGCGUAACUGGGCCUGCUUUGUCGGAAAGAAAGUAUCAUCCAGCUCGGGUGACAAAGUAAACCCUGCCCCUUUUCCGAAAGGAGGAUGGCUCUCGAGCACACCCUUCAAAAGCAACCUUGGACUAGUGCAACAGAUCAACUCUGUUCAGAAAUCGUGGACUGCAGGCGCCUACCUGGAACUGGAUGGACUGUCAAUGGAGGAUCUUCUGAGAAGGGCUGGCGGACGUAAAUCUAAAAUUCCAAGUAUUCCACCUCCAGCGCCUCUGCCCACUGACCAGAAGUAUCAAGGUCUCCCCGAUGCUUGGGACUGGCGUGAUGUUGACGGGUAUAGCUUCGUCAGCCCUGUUAGAAAUCAAGGUUCUUGUGGUAGCUGCUACUCCUUUGCAACCAUGGGAAUGCUGGAAUCCCGUAUCCGUGUUCAGACCAGACUUCAGCAGACUCCCGUCCUGAGUCCCCAACAGGUGGUCUCCUGCAGUAAUUACUCCCAAGGUUGUGAUGGAGGCUUCCCUUACCUGAUCUCCGGCAAGUACAUCCAAGACUUUGGCAUCGUAGAAGAGUCUGAUUUCCCGUACACCGCCAGUGACACUCCCUGUACCCUGAAGGACAGCUCCUACAGAUACUACUCCUCAGAAUAUCACUACGUGGGCGGCUUCUACGGAGGCUGCAACGAAGCCUACAUGAAAUUAGAAUUGAUUUUGGGGGGUCCUUUGGCCGUAGCCUUCGAAGUGUAUGAUGAUUUUAUGUAUUAUAAGGGAGGCAUCUACCACCACACCGGGCUACAAGAUAAAUUCAACCCGUUUCAGAUAACCAACCAUGCCGUCCUCUUAGUGGGGUACGGAGUAGACUCCAACAGCGGUGAAAAAUAUUGGAUUGUGAAGAACAGCUGGGGAGAGUCUUGGGGUGAGAAGGGUUACUUCAAGAUACGUAGGGGCACCAAUGAGUGCGCUAUCGAAAGUAUAGCUGUAGCUGCAACACCUAUUCCAAAAUUGUAGAGAGUCUGAGAGGGAAAUCCUCCUGUACGUAUAGAUUGAGGUGCGAUUGCUCAUUGCUGGAAAUACAAAAGUUUACCUUUGCAGCCAUACCGCCCGGCAGAUUUCUAAGUAAAUUUUGAUAUGUGGUCAUUAUUCUGCAUUUGUAUAGUGGAAGAGGAGUGUAUGGCUUUUGGCUAAUUCAUUAUACAGGGUUUCCCCUCCUUUCUGAUAUACAGCAGUUCUCUUUGGGGUAUUAUUGGGUAUAGACGGCUUUGCCGUCAACAGGGAAAAUCU